AUGGAGAGGAGAAAUGAUGAUUCACAGGUUUACGGUGUGUAUAAAUGGGUUUUGAAUAAACUGAAAUUUUCUUAUAAAGAGGAAUAUAAUAUAGAUUACUUAAUAGAUGAUAAUGCCGAAGAGAAAAAAGAUGUUGUAGUGAAUUUUGUGAGAAAGGAAAAGGAUGAUGUUUUAUUAUUUAACAUAGAAAAUAAUAAGAUGGUUAUAGCAAAAGAAGAAAAUAUAAAAUUUGAUCAGAAAAUUGUAUAUUUUUAUAAAUACUUAAAUAAAGAUAUGAGAGAUGAUAAGAAUAUAUUAUAUGGUAUAUUAUCUCCAAAUAUUUUGGACACAUUAAAACUGAUGCUUAAAAAAAUAAUUUUUCCAUUAUUCCUUAACAACAAAAUAAUAUAUAAUAGUGUUUCUAAAGAUGAAGUAAAUAAAUUUGCCAUGGAAUUUGAUACAUAUAUUAAAGAAUUGAGCGAAUUUAUCUUAAUAUUAGAAGAUAUUAAGAAGGUAAAAUUAAAAAUGAAAAAGGAUCAAAGUGAAAUAAUUUGUGAAAAUGGCAAUGAUAAAAGUGAAUUAAAAGAGGAUAAAGAUACUACUUCUAUAAAUAGGCAAUAUAACAAAACAGGAAAUGAGACAGAGAAUAAAAUACAAAAAAAGAAAAAGGAAACUGAUCAUUUAACAAAAUAUUUAAACAUUUUAGAAAAUUUAUUUAAUGAUAUGCAACAAAAAAUACUAGAAUAUAAAAAAUCAAAUAUUGAUGUUGGACCAUUUAUUGAAAUUCAAUACUGGAGAUACAAACACAGGUAUUUAUUAUUUAUUAUGGAAGAAUUAAGAAGUAAUGAAAUUAAAAAUAUAAUAAAUAAUAUAAAUAUAAGUAAUACAAGUAAUGAAGAGCAAAAAUAUACAUAUACAUUCGAUAUUUUAAAUAAAUGGAGAGAAUUAGAAACGAAAAUUGAAAAUGAAUUUAACGAAAGCAAGGAUAAUAUAAAAUAUCUGGAGAGUAUUGAACAGUUCAUCUUGUCUUUGUAUUUAUGUAAUGUGGAAAACAUUAUUGAUAAUAUACCGCCUCUUUUAAACUCUAUAAAAAUGAUAUAUCUAGUUGCACGUUUUUACAACACCCCUAAUAAGUUGAAAAAUUUAUUUAUUAAAAUUACAAAUCAACUAGUUGUUAAAUGCAAAGAAGAAAUAUUUUGUGCUAAGAGGAAAAAGAGAAAGAAAAGAAGAAAAAGAAGAAAAAAUAAAAGGAAUGUAAAGAUUAAGGAUAACGAAUAUGGAGAUAAUAAAUCUGAGACAAAUGUUGGGAACAACUGUGGUGGCAAUAAUCAAAAUGAAAAUGGAGAAAAUUACCUGAACAAUGCAGGAAAAAGCAACCAAAUGUCAGAUUUUAUCAAAAAUUUAGAUAACUAUAAUAAUGACGACAAUGAUGAUAAUGUUUAUAAUGACGAUAGAGAUGAUGAAGACGAUAACGACGAUUAUGAUGAGAAUGAUGAUAUUAAUAAUAAUAAAGAUGGAGGGGAUUACGACGAAACAUAUAAAAAGGAGAAAAAUGAAAUGGGAUAUGGAGAGAAUCGCAUUGAAUAUGACGAAAAUUGUGUAGAUCAUGGGAGCUACUAUGAUAGUGAUGAAUCUGAAGAGGAUCAAGGAAAUGAGGAUGGUGAAAACAACACAAUACAUCGUACAGCAAAUGAAAGAGAAGAAGGGGAAUACAAUAUGAAGGAUGAAAAUACGAAAACAGAAGCACUGAAGAAUAAGCAAAAUUUGUGGUUACUAGAUCCAGAUGAUUUAAUAAAAAAAUUUGAACUAUGUUUUAAAUUGCAUGAAAAAUAUAGAGAAGAAUUUGAAAAUAUAAAAACAUUUUUUGAGGAGAACUCGAAAAAUAGAUCUGUUGACUUAGAUACAAAAGUAAUAUUUUGUAAGAUAGAGAUAUUUUGUAGGCGUCUGAAAAAGUUAGUGGAUUUAUUUCUAUGUAUUAAGCAAUUUAAAAAUUUAAGAAAGAUGAAAUUUGAUUGUAUACAAAAUAUAACAAGUGCGUUUAAUAAAUAUAUAAAAGAAUUUAAACUAAAGCAUACUGAUGAUAUGUUAAAUUACACGUACAAUUACUUUGAUAGAGAUUUUGUAGAGUUAAGAGUGUACAUAUCAGAAUUAGAAAGUGAUUUACAAGAAAAUAUCGUUAAUUUGUUAAGUAACAGUUCAAACAUUAUGCUGUCUUUUUUUAUCUUUUUUAAAUUUAAGGAAUAUUUUAUAAGAGAUUAUUUGAUUACUUUUUUGCACACAAAAUAUGAUAUUUUGCUUCUACAAUUUUUAGAAAUAUUAAAUAAUAUCAACAAUGAUUUAGAAAAUUAUAAAAGCAAUUUAAAUUCAAGUAAAAAUAUUAAUUAUUUAAAAAAUAUUUUUUGGAUACUUAGUAUUAAUUAUAAAGUAAAUCAUAUAAUGAAGAUAUUUCUAGACGAAAACAAUCUUUCCAUUAAGGAUGAAAAGAAUACAUCGUCUUAUUUCGAAUUAUCGCAUUUGAAUAAUAAUUUGCCUAUUACAAAAUUAAAAACAGAUUUUGAGAAAAUUAUAGAAGAAGAACAUACUACUACAACUAUGCAUGCAGGGGGGGCCAACGAUUCUAGAAAUAAUUGUACUGACAAUAUAGACAUUUUCUAUGCUAUAUAUGAACAGGUGUUAAAACUGUUAGAAGAUCAUGAUAAAAAGAAAACAGCAAAUGAAGAUGUGAAGAUACAGGUAUCAACUUUUGAGGAAAAAAAUAAAGAGAAUGUUCCAAAAGAAGGAGAAGUAGCAUUGGUAGCAGUUGGGGAAAAGGAUAAUAAAAUAAAAAAUGUUUUAUUCAAAAGUUCUAAUGGUAAAGAGGUGUUAAAAUUAUAUGUAAAGAUUUACAAGUUUAUUGAUGAAUAUAAAAAUAGACUGUUUAAACAUUGGUUAUCCUUCACAAAAAAUAUGAACAGUUUGAAUGUUACUGUAUUUGUUAAACAUCCUAAAACGAAAAAUGUGAUUGUUAACUUUGACAAUAGAAUUAAAAGAAUAAUUAGAGAAGCAAAGAUUUUUUUGUCUUUUAAUUUUGAGAUACCAGAAGAAAUAAAGAACAUGAUUUCCCAAGAAACGAAAAUAUACAGUUUAUACUAUAAAUUUUAUAAUAUAUUAAUAUUAAUAAAAAAAAUGAAGCAUAAUAAGAAAAAAGAUAUUGAAUAUACAUUGAAACGUUUUUUCGUAUACAUCGAUCAACUAAUAUUACCUUUUCUAGUUAAAUAUACAUGGAAUAAUUAUUCUCUUGAAGAUUCUAUCGAUAAUUUACAUAAAGAAUUAACCUAUUUUAAUGAAGCCAUAAAUUCUCUAUAUGAUAUAAUAGAUGACCACAUUAAUUACAACAUAAAAGUGCUCUAUAAAAUAUUAGAAAAUAAAAAUGAUAAGUUGAUUAUUAAUAGACAGAAUAAAAAAUGUCACAAAAAAAUUAUUCUGUGUAAUUCUAUUUCGAAAAAAAUCCAAGUAGCUAUUUUCGACUUGUUAAGUAACAUACAAUAUGUGUAUGAAAAUAAAUUGAAAAAUAAUAUUUCAAGGAAAGAAAUAAUUAAUACAAGGAAUUUUUACUAUGAUAUAUUUUUAGGUACAUUGAAAAAAAUAUAUCUAAAAAAUAUUAAGUCCUUAAUUAAUACUUGGUCAAAUUUUGACCAGAAUGCACACAACAAAGGCAAAAAAAAUGAAAUUGAAAUUCUUCUACUUAUUCAUGAAAAUAACAUUAUUAUAAACCCAUCUAUAAAAAGUAUAAAAGAGAAUAUGAAAAAAAUUAUGAACGUGUCUAUUAAUAAUCUGAUAUAUAUAGAUAAUUGGGUAACUAGUGAUGAUUUGAUAAGACAGUUUCAAAAGGAGCAGCAGGAGGAAGAGGCAGAAGCAGAACCAAAUGACAGCAGAUGGAAUAAUCAGAACAAAAUAGAUUGUAAGUCUCUUAUGAAAGAAAAUAACAACAAGAUAUGUACAAACAAACAGAGUAUAUUUGAAGAACUCUUAGAUUAUUCCUAUUUUUCUAAAAAGAACAUGAAAGAAUCAGGACAAGUAUUGGAGGAGUUGAACAUGGAAAAUGAAAAUUGCGUUAGUAGUUUAAAAUUUUAUUUUGAUUUUUAUGAAAAAAUAAAAGAAGAUAAAAAUAUUGAAAAGGAACUAACCAAAUUGAAUGAUAAAUUAAGCGGGUUUCAAAAUAUUGUCGAUAAUUUUAUUAGCAAAUUUGAGAAAUAUAAAUAUAUAAUCGAAAAUUUUGAGUUAAAGAAAUCGAAAGAGUUAUCGAAUGAGAGUAGUGCGGAAAACUUGAUAGGAGACGAGGCUAAAAAGAAAAGAAUGUUGUUAAGCAAGAAUAAUAACAGUAAUAGUAAUAAUAAUAAUAAUAAUAAUAAUAAUAAUAAUAAUAAUAGGAAUAGGAUCAAUACUAAUAAUAAUAAUUAUGGCAUGAUGUUAGACGUAGACAAUUAUAUGAAUGGCAAAAUUGCAGAGGAUGAAAAGGAAAAUAAUUUAUUUAAUUUUACUGCGAAUGAAGAAGAAUUAGAAAAAAUGAAUAUGAACGAUAAAAUAGGCCAAAAUGAAAAUAAUGCCGAUGAUACGGAUGCAGAAGAUUCUGAGGAUAACUCUGAGAUGGGGUUUGAAUGUGACUUAAAAAUAUACAAAGAAGAAGAGGAAAAAAUAAAGAAAUACAUUUAUAUAAAAAAAGAGAUAAAUAAUAUAGACAGUUUUUAUAUAUUAAAUGUAUUUAAAUUCAAUUUGGAAAGUUUUAAAAUGUAUCUAAUUAAUAUAAUUGAAGAUGAAGCUUUAGAAUGUGCAAAUAGAAUUAUUGAACCUGUUAAAAAAAAAAGUGACUUGUUAAUAAAAAAAAUGAACAAAUAUAAAAUAGAACUGAAGAAGAAUGUUGUAGAUGUAGAUUCACUCUAUUAUGUAAUUAAUGUAAUAAAAAAAAUACAUAUCUUUGAGUCAACUAUAGAUAUAGCAUUAAAUCCUAUAAGUGAAAUGUUAAGCAUAUUAGAAUUUUAUAUGAACAACUUUUUAAAGAAACAGAUUGAAUCCUUAAGAAAUUCUACCCAUUAUGAGGAUGAAGAAAAUUAUCAACAAAAAUUUAUAAGUAAUUUGGAAAAAAACAAAUCGUCUGCUGAGUUAUAUCAUAUGGAUGAAGCAUAUAAUAAAAAUUUACUAAACACAUUUAAUAAGCUAAAUUUAAUGAAAAAGAAGUUUAUACAAUUAUACAAAUUUGAGAUGGAAAAGAAAAAUAUAAUUUUAACAAAGUUUAACGAGUUAACAGCGUUAAAGAAAAAUGUGCAAGAAGAAAUACAAGGAAAAAAGAGCAUUAUGAAAAAUGAUUUAAUAAAUAAUAUAUAUAAUUUUAAAACUGAUAUAAAAGUAUUUAGAGAAAACUUUCUAAAAAUGAACUUCAAAAGUGAGCAUAUAAACCCAUUAAAUGCUUUCGAAUUAUUAAAAAGGUAUAAAGAAGAAAUUAGUAUGUUAAAAAAAAAAUACACUAGUUACUACAAAGGAGAAUCUAUAUUUGGAUUAAAACAUCAGGAACAUUCUGACUUAUUCCUAAGUGCUACAGAAAUAAAUAAUUUUUAUUCUUUGUAUGAUUUAUAUGUUCAGUUAAAGGAAAAAUUGAACGAAUGGAAAAACUUUAAAUGGAAUGAUGGAAUAAUAAAAAUGAAAGAAUUAAAAAAUGAUAUCUUGUCUUUUGAAAAGAAAUGCUCUCAUUUACCUAAAAAUUUGAAAAUGAUCGUAAUUUAUAAGAAUUUAAUUAAAGAAAUUUUUUACUUUAAGGAAAUAACACCAGUUGUUGAUGAGCUCGAAAAAAAGACCAUUUUGAAAAGACACUGGGUUGAGAUUAUUAACGUUUUGAAGGAGAAAAAUAAAAAAGACAUUAACACAAAAGAGAAGAAGGUGAAGAAGUCUGGAAAUAAGGAUGACAAAGGAAAUCAAAAAGAGAAUAAUAGCGAGAAUGAUAAGGAGAAAGAACAAAAAGAAGUAAAAGGUACGGAAGUGAAUGAAAAGGGAGAUAAUAUGAUUCCAGAUAUCGAUUUAUCUAGUGGAAAAACCCCUUCAGAUGAAGAGCAUACUUUAGAAGAAAACAAACAAGAGAAAAGUAAUAAACAGUGUGAGGAGGGAGAAUAUCUGGAAAGAAAUGAAAACGAGCGGGGGUAUGAUGACAAGGGGAUAAGUGUAGACCAGAGUGGAAGCCAAUGUGGAAUCCAGACAAAAGGACAAAAUAUCUCCCAUAAUGGAAACCAAGUUAAGGACGAGCUUGGGGAAAAAACUGCAGUAGGUGCAAAAGAUGUAAACGCCAGAGACAGUGAAAAACAUUUCGAAACAAAUGAGGAAAUUCAGGCAAAGGAUAAGUUGUUUGAAGAUGGUCUACUAGCGGAAAAUGCAUAUUUAGAUGAAGAUGAAUACAUAAAUAAUUUAAACAAGUUGGACUUGGAUAAUAUGGACUUUUAUAUUAAAGAUAUAAUAAAUUACCAUUUAUUAAAAAAAAAAGAUGAUAUAUUAGAUAUAUGUGACAGUGCAGAGAAAGAAGCAAGUAUUGAAGAAAAGGUAAAUGAACAGUAUAAAAUAUGGAAUGAAACUUGUUUCCAAUUUAGCAAAUGGAAAAACAGAGAUUAUGCAUGCAUAUUAGUGGGUAGUAAAGUUAGUGAAAUACAAGAAAGUUUAGAGGAAAGUCAAAUUUUAUUAAAUAAUAUAAACUCUACCAAAUAUAGCAAACCAUUUAAAAAUAAAUUAUUAUUGUUAUUAAAUAAAUUAUCUGAUUGUAGUGAUAUUGUUGAAAGAUGGAUUAAGGUACAAAUGUUAUGGUGUUCUAUGGAAAGUGUAUUUACUAGUGGAGAUAUUGCACGACAAAUGCCCAUUGAAUCUAAAAGAUUUCAUCAAAUUGAUAAGGACUGGAUUAAUAUAAUUAAUAUUGCUAAUGAAUCUGCUAUUGUUAUUGAAUGUUGUCAAAGCAGCAUGCUGAAGGAGUUAUUACCAAAUAUGCAAAAAGGGUUAGAGAGCUGUCAAAAAUCUUUAGAGUCCUAUUUAGAGGGGAAAAGGAGUAAAUUUCCUCGGUUUUAUUUUGUAUCUAAUUUGGUCUUGUUAAAAAUACUUUCGCAAGGAUCAGAUAUCAACAUAAUACAAUCCGAAUUAAUAAAACUAUUCGAUGCAAUAAAUUACUUAACAAUUAAAACAAUACAAAAUAAAAAAAGAAUAAUAUGCAUUAAUAAUAAAGAAAAGGAUGAUAUAGAAACAGUGCAGUUAGUAAACCAUGUAACCAUUGAUGGGAAUAUUGAAAAUUGGCUUAUUUUAUUAGAAAAAGAAAUGCAAAAAGCUAUAAAAAAAGAAUGUAAGAUAGGUGUAGCUAGCUCUGCUCAAUUAUUCAAAACACUUAAUUUAAAAGAGUUUUGUGAUAAAAAUAUAGCCCAAGUUGCGUUAAUAUGUCUUCAGGUUAUGUGGACCAAUGAUAUUGAAAAAUGCAUACAUAAAUAUCAUACAGAAAAAAAUAUAUUAAAGGUGACAAACAAAAAAAUUAAUUAUAUAAUGUCUGAACUUGUAAAUAUUUGCUUAUCUGAUUUAGGAACAAAGUUGAACAGGACUAAAUACGAAACAUUAGUUACUAUACAUGUACAUCAAAGAGAUUUAUUUAGUGAAAUUUCUACCAAAAUAAAAGAAUACAAAAUUAAAACGUGCACAGAUUUUGAUUGGUUAAAACAAACAAGGAUUUAUUAUAAAGUGGAAAAGAAUAUAAUUCUAAUUAGCAUAUCAGAUGUAGAUUUUAUUUAUUCUUAUGAAUAUCUAGGUAUAAAAGAAAGAUUAUGUAUAACACCAUUAACAGAUAGAUGUUAUUUGACAUGUGCUCAAGCGUUAGGUUUAUGUUAUGGUGGGGCUCCAGCUGGUCCAGCAGGAACUGGAAAAACAGAAACAGUAAAAGAUUUAGGAAGGACAUUAGGAAUAUAUGUGAUAGUAACAAAUUGUUCAAACCAACAUAAAUAUAAAGAUAUGGCUAAAAUAUUUAAAGGAUUAUGUAGAAGUGGACUAUGGGGAUGUUUUGAUGAAUUUAAUAGAAUUAAUUUAGAUGUAUUGUCUGUUGUAGCUAUGCAAAUAGAAUCUAUUGUAACUGCAAAGAAGCAAUCAUUAAAAUAUUUUCUGUUUCCUGGAGAUUCGAAGUCUAUUAACUUAAAUCCAUCUUCUGCUUAUUUUAUUACAAUGAAUCCUGGUUAUGCUGGUAGACAGUUAUUGCCAGAGAAUUUGAAAAUUUUUUUUCGCUUUAUUUCUAUGAUGGUUCCAGAUAGACAAAUAAUAAUAAAAGUAAAAUUAGCAUCUGUUGGCUAUUUAGAUAUUGACAAUUUAAGUAACAAAUUUAAGUCCUUAUAUAAUUUAUGCGAAGAACAGUUAUCAAAACAAAAACAUUACGAUUUUGGUUUAAGAAAUAUUUUGUCUGUUUUACGUACAGCAGGAGAUACAAAAAGAGCAGCAGGAGCAAAUGAAAAUGAUGAGGAAAUGCUCCUAAUGCGCACUUUAAGAGAUAUGAAUUUAUCAAAACUAAUACAUGAUGAUGUACUUUUAUUUUUGUCUUUAUUGAAUGACGUUUUUCCCAAAUUUCAUAAUAUUACGAAAAAAAGUUAUCAGCAGAUAGAGGACAAUGUAUUACAAAUUAUUAAGAAAAAAAAAUUAUGUGCAAAAAAUAAAUGGAUUUUAAAAAUUUUACAGUUGUACGAAACAUCCCUAGUUCGCCAUGGUUUUAUGUUAGUUGGUAAUACAUUAACUGGAAAAACAGAAAUAUUAAACAUUUUAACUUCUGCAUUGACUAAUAUUGGUACUGUUACAAAAAUUAUUACUUUAAAUCCAAAAGCUAUUACAUCAGAGCAUAUGUAUGGAGUAAAGGACAAUUUGAGUGAAGAAUGGACUCCUGGAAUUUUUGCUAAUAUUUGGGAAAAAUAUAAUAAUAUUAAUUUAAAAUAUAACACUUGGAUAGUAUGUGAUGGACCUGUUGAUGCUAUAUGGAUAGAAAAUUUGAAUACUGUUUUAGAUGAUAAUAAAAUAUUAACCUUAGCAAAUAAUGAUAGAAUUCCUAUGACGGAUAAUACCAAAAUAGCUUUUGAAGUAGAGAACUUAAAUAAUGCUUCUCCUGCUACUGUUAGUAGAGCUGGAAUUGUUUAUAUUUCUGACAGUGAUUUAGGUUAUAAGCCUUUUAUUUAUAGUUGGUUGCAAAAAUUAAAAGAUGUGAAUACUUAUGGGGUUACUUUAUCUCGUAUUUUUAACAAAUUGUUUGUAUUUUAUUUAGACAAAAUUGAAAUUCUAAACUUUGUUAAGGAAAAUUGCAAAUUUGUUAUGGAGAUAUCCGACUCGAUUUUAAUUUCGCAAACUAUUAAUUUGUUGAAUGCUCUACUGAUGCAAUAUAUUAAUGCCAUAAAUAAUUUUAUGUACAAUGAAGAAGAUUUAAAUAAAAUAUUUUUUUGUGAUUCUAAUGAGAAGAAGUUACUGCAGCAAAGUGAUAAGUUAAUAAAACAUCACGUAGAAAAUAGUACCUUUAAUGAGAAGCCUGAUAAUUCCACUUUCUCUUUAAAGAACAAAAAGAUGAAGGAGGUGGAUACUAAGAUAAAGGGAAAAGAGCAAUUUUCUACCACUGGAGAGAGGGGUAAAUUUACCAAUAAAGUGAAUGAUACAAAAGGGAGUGCUUUGAAUGAGUCUACUAAGAACCAGUCAUUAAACACAGCAACUGCUGUUGCUAUAACUAUUACUACUACUACUGCUACUACUACAUCCACUGAUAAUAAGCAGGAGUUUCAAAUGAAGGAUAGGAGUGAAAGGGAAAGGGAGGAGAGAAAAAAAAACGAGGCAUAUGGGAAAAAUGAGGAAACUAUCAAAAGUGAAGAAAAUGAACAAGUUGAGGAAGAAGAGGAUGAAAAAAUGGAUACAAUAAAUAAUUUCACCCUUGUAUCAGGUACAAAAUAUGAAGAAAUAAAAAUAGAAGAGUGCGAAGAAAUUAUGUUGUACUCAAUUGUUUGGGGGUUAUGUGGACUACUGGAAUAUAAGGACCGAUUAAAAGUGCAUAACUACUUAAUGAAAAAUGUUCCCAUAUUAAAAUAUAUUUUACAUAAUAAAGGUAAUAACGUGGAUAGUACUAAUAAAAGCGAUAAUAAUGACAACAGUAAUAGUGAUAAUAAUAUUAAUAUUAACAUUAAUGGUAAUAUUAACAUUAAUAGUAAUAUUAAUAUUAAUAGUAACAGUAACAGUAACAGUGGUAACAAUAUGAAUAAAGAAGAAUACGAAUACGAAAAAUUAUGUCACGACAAAGAUGGAGAAGAAGAAUUUGAAAAGGAGAUAUGCCUCAUAUAUGACUACUAUUUCGAUAUGAAACUCAAAAAGUUAAUUAAAUGGCAUGUAUCCCCCUUUAGAAUGCCUAGACAUAUGAAUUCUAUAUCAUCCAUAUUAAUACCAACUAUAGAAACUAAUAAAGUAGAGCAUAUAAUAAAAUUAAUAUCUAAUAUACCUAUUAAGUGCUACAAUUUUCAUACGUACAAAAGUACCUUAUUAUUAGGUUCUACAGGUUCAGCAAAAACAUCGAUAGCUCUAUUAUAUACAUCAAAACAAGAUAAAAAUACGAAACGAUUUAAUUUUUCAAGUGUUACAACUCCAGAGAAAUUUCAACUGUUCAUCGAAUCAGAGUUAGAAAGAAAAACAGGAAAAACAUAUGGACCUAUUGGAAAUACAAAGUCCAUUAUUUUUAUUGAUGAUAUGUCUAUGCCUAGAAUUAACGAAUGGGGUGAUCAAAGUACUUUAGAACUAUUAAGACAACUUAUAGAAUUCCAAGGAUUUUACUUUUUAGAUAAAGACAAAAGAGGAAAUUUUAAGAAAAUUAUCGAUUUAGAAUACAUUGGAUGUAUUAAUCAUCCAGGUUGUGGAAAUAAUGAUAUACCUAACAGGAUAAAGUCGAAAUGGUUUAAUGUAAAUAUACCUCCUUAUAAUUUGAAUUCUAUAAAUACAAUAUAUGGAACGGUGUUAAGAACCAAAUUUAAUAAAAAGUGCAAUUUUUCCGAUGAAAUUAUUGAUAAUAUAGACAAAAUCAUUUUAUGUACUAUUAAUUUAUUUGGAAGAUUAAAAAAACAUCUCUUACCUGUUCCUUCUCGUUUUCACUAUCUAUAUACAACACGAGAUUUAGCAAAAAUAUUUUAUUCUAUGUUGUUAUGCCCUUUUGAAACUAUAGAAAAUAAUUUAUACAAUUUCUUAUGCUUGUGGAAGCAUGAAUGUGAAAGAGUAUUAAUUGAUAAGUUAUCUAGAAUGGAAGAUAAAAAAUUUUCCUUAGGUCAGCUGAAACAAAUAUUUAAACAAUAUUAUCCAUCUUAUAAAGAUAUAGCAGAAAAAAAUAUACACUUUAGUUAUUUUUAUGUAUCAGAAAAGGAGCAACACGAUUACAUGGUUGAAAAUGAUCUUAUAGAAAAUGUAGACGAAGAGAAGAAGAAGAUGAAAAAAGAAGAAAAAGAAAAUGGAAUAAAUAGCAAUGGAAAAGACUCGGGUAGAACAACCUGUGCACCUGUUAAAGUGGAAAGUACUAAUCUAUCUAAUCUGAAUAGCUAUGAUCAUAUGAGAUAUGUGAACAAUAAGAAGGAACAAAAUUUUUCUGAUAUAAAUAACCUACAGAAGGACAAUGCGAUUUUGGAUAACGGUAAUAACAAAUUGAUAAUAAGUGUAGAAAAUAAUAAUGAACCGAAUAAUGAACAGAACAGUGAAGGAAAUAUAAACAACUUUUCCUUUUCUUGGAUGAAAAAGGAUUACAAGAUUGUUUACGACUUUGAUAGGCUAAGAUAUAUCGCUUAUGAAUAUAUGAAAGAGUACAAUGUAAAUAAUGUGAAAAAAUUGGAUUUAGUUUUUUUUGAUGAUUCUUUAAAACAUUUACUUAUUAUAAAUAGAGUAAUGCAAACUCCAAACGGUUCCAGUAUGUUAGUAGGGGUUGGAGGAUCUGGAAAAAGAUCAUUAACGAAACUUAGUGUCUUUAUAAGUGAGCAAGUAUUGUUUCAAUUAAACAUAACUAAGACGUAUACAAAAAAUUUAUUUUUUGAAGAUUUGAAAAGUUUAUAUAUUUCAGCUGGACAAAUGAAUAAGAAAACUACAUUCCUCUUAAGUGAUAGUGAUAUAGAGAAAAAUGAUUUCAUUCUGGAACAUGUGAAUUCUAUCUUAUCUACUGGAUUAGUAUACGAACUUUUUAUAAAAGAUGAAAAAGAAGCAAUCUGUGCUGAAAUGAAAGAAUCAUACUUAAAAGAAAUGAAUAAAUCUAAUCAGUCAUCAAAAAUGAGAGGAGGAAAAAAUAAGAAAAGAAAAAUGAAUAAUGAUUAUAAUAAUAUGGACGAUGCAGAAAUAGAAAAUGAUUCAAAAAAUUCACUACCAAAAAGUGAUGCAUCAUCCUUUGCAAGUAGUGAUGAUGCUAAUUGUAGUGAUGAUAGUAUGAAUAAUGAAAAAGAACCUAAAAUGAAAAAAGUUGAAAAAGUUAUAAAUGACUUCAAUGUUUCCUCUGAUGUAAUAUUUGAAUAUUUAUUAGAUAAUUUCCGAAAUAAUGUGCAUAUCUUUUUGUGUUUUUCACCUAUACAUAAAGAAUUUGCCUUGCGAUAUCAACAAUUUCCAUGUAUAUAUAAUUGUGUUACUAUUAAUUGGUUUUUAAAGUGGCCAUUAGAAGCCCUUGUGAACGUGUCCACUGCUUACUUAAAUAAUUUUAACAUCGAUAUUGAAGAUAAAUUGAAAAAUGACUUUUAUAUUUUAUUUGCUAUUGUCCACAAAAAAGUUUCUGAUACUUGCGAAACUUAUAAAGAACGAAUGAGAAGAAAUACUUAUGUAACACCAAAGUCCUAUUUAUCGUUCAUUGAUUUGUAUAAACAAAUGUAUGUUAAAAAAUAUGAAGAAAUAAAAUUUUUAAAGGAAAGUGUAGAUAUAGGAUUGAAAAAAUUAAAUGAAGCCGCUAUGGAUGUUCAAAAAAUGAGAGAAAGCCUUACAUCAGAAGAAGAAAAAUUAAAAGAAUCGGAUGAACAAACUAAUAUACUGCUAGAAAAGGUAAAAAACGAAUCGCUAAAAGCAGAAAAACAAAGUAUUGAGGUUUCCAAAUUUAGAGAUAAGUGUAUAAAGGAAAAGGACAUUAUUUUAAAAGAUCAAGAAGAGGCAGACAAAGAUUUAAAGGCAGCUUUGCCGUAUUUACAUGAAGCAGAAGAAGCUAUUAAAAGCAUAACAGCAAAAGACAUAACGGAAUUAAAAAGUAUGAAAACACCAUCCGAUAUUAUUAGAAUAGUUUUUGAUGGCGUAUUAAUAUUAUUACAAGGAAAAUUGAAAGAAGCUAAAGUAAAUGUGAAAUAUGUGAAUAAACAGCAUGUAGAAUUUAUACAGGAUUCUUUUGAUGAAUAUGCAAAACCGUUAAUGGCAGAUAUUCGAUUUUUGAAUCUGUUGUUCGAUUUUUCUAAAAAUGAAAAAGACAAUAUUAAUGAAGAAACAAUUGAACUGUUAAAACCUUAUAUUGAAUCCAACUUUUUUAAAACACAAAUUGCAAAAAAGGCAUCAGUCGCAGCAGAGGGAUUAUGCAAAUGGGUGGGUGCUAUGGCUAUGUAUCAUCAAGCAUCAAAAAUUGUAAAACCUAAAAUGAGCUAUUUAAAAAUACAAACAGGUAGAUUAGAAGAUGCUCUAAAACAACUAGCAGAAGCAGAAGAUUCCCUACUAAAAGCACAACUAUUUGUUGAGAAUCUAAAUUUAGAUAUCGAAAGUAUGUUUAAAAAAAAGAAAACAUUAGAAGAAACUGCUUUAAAAACGAAGCAAAGGAUCGAGCAGGCUAAUAAAUUAAUUAACGGAUUGGCAAGCGAAAAAGCGAGAUGGACAGAAGAUUCAAACAAUUUUUCUAAUAUUAAAAAAAAAAUUGUUGGUGAUGUGUUUAUCUGUUCUUCCUUUAUUUCGUAUUGUGGUAUGUUUAAUACAGAAUUUAGGAAUUACCUUAUGAAUGAUAUUUUUUAUCAUUACACAAAAAAUAUUAAAAAUAUACCUGUAUCUUCUAAUAUUGAUGUAAUAAAAUAUGUGUUAUCUUCUGACGACACAAAAAUAUGUGACUGGAGCGUUCAGAAGUUACCUAACGAUAAAUUAAGCAUAGAAAAUGCACUAAUUAGCGAGAACAGCAAUAAGUAUGUUUUACUUAUAGAUCCUCAAUGUCAAGCAAGUAAUUGGAUAAAGAACAAAGAAUUUCAAAAUGACUUAACAAAUCAGAGAUGUAUUACUACUUUCAGUAGUAGUAAAUUUAAAGAUAAUUUAGAAUUUUGCUUAAGCGAAGGGAAAGCACUAUUAAUUGAAAAUGUAGAAGAGUAUAUUGAUCCAAUAUUAGAUUCUGUUUUAGAAAAGCAAAUUGUCAAAAAAGGCAAAAAGAAUUAUAUAUUAAUAGAAAAUAAUUUAAUUAAUUUUGAUGAAAAUUUUAAUUUAUUUAUGACAACUAAUUUGCCUAAUCCUAAUUAUAGCCCUGAAAUUUAUGCUAGAUGUUGUGUUAUAGAUUUUACUGUUACUGUUAAGGGAUUAGAAGAUCAACUACUAGGUAGAGUAUUAACAGAAGAACAAAAACAUUUGGAAAUAUCUUUAAAGAAUAUCAUGAUAGAACUUAAAGACAAUACUAAAUCAUUGCAGGACUUGGAUAAACAAUUAUUGUACAAACUAAAUACAAGUAGCUCUAACCUAAUUGAAGAUGAAGAAUUAAUAGAAGUUCUAAACAACACAAAAUUACUUUCCAAAGAACUGGAGACAAAAUUAAAGGAUAGUAAUGAAAAGAAAAAAGAAAUUAAUGAAAAAAGAGAACAAUAUAGAAGUGUUGCAUUGAGAGGAAGUAUAUUAUAUUUUUGCAUUGUAGAUAUUACUAAUGUUAAUUAUAUAUACAAUACUUCUCUACAUCAAUUUCUGGAACAAUUUGAUUUAUCUAUAAAAAGGGCAGAAAAAGGUCAACAUAUAAAAAAGAGAGUUGAAUCUAUAUUAUUUACGUUGACUAAUUUAAUAAUUAGCUAUAUGGAGAGAUGUUUAUUUGACCAACACAAAAUAAUUUUUAAGUUGUUAAUAUCAUUAAAGAUACUUUUAUAUGAUAAUAUAAUAAGUAAUAAGGAUAUUAGUUUUUUCCUGAAUCCUCUUUCUCAUUAUACACCUUCGAACGAUGCAAGUAGCGAAUUAUUAAAUAACAAUUUAUUGAAUGAAAAUACAGAUGGUAUCAAAGGGAAAAAGAAAAAAGAUAAUACUAUGAAUGAUACGACGAAUGGAUAUUUGAAUACAAAUGAAAAGGGUAGAAGCAACGAAAAUGAAAAAGCAGAAAAUCAGGUAAGUAUUAACAAUAAAUCGUCAAUUGGAGCCAGUACCGCGGAUAGUAACUGCAAUACAGCUGCCAUCAAUAUAUACAACAAUAAUAAUGUCAAUAAUAAUAUUAAUAAUAGUAGUAGUAGUAAUAAUAAUAAUAAUAGUGAUAAUAAAAACAAAAUAGAUUUACACAGGAAAGCAGGAGGUAAAGGAAAAGUAAGUUCUACCAAAUGGUUAUAUAAGAAUGAAAAGUUAUACAAAAAUAUAAUUUCUUUAUCUAAUCAUUCAUUUGGAAAUGAUAAAAAUAAUCGUUUUUUUUAUGAUAUAUUAAAUGUUAUACAAUUAAACGAAAAUGCAUGGAAGAAUUAUUAUGAUGUACUAGACAUAGAAAAUAGGAAUAUUCCUAAUUAUAAUGAGCGCUUAGAUGCAAAUAGCAAAAUCUGCUCUUUUAUUAAGUUAUGUUUAAUACGUUGUUUAAGGGAAGAUAGAACAAUUCUAUGUGCAAAUAAAUUUGUAGAUGAGAUAUUAAAUAGAAAUAGUGAUACCAUAAAACAUGAAACCCUCGAAAAUAUUUUUGCUGAAUCAAGUAAUAGGAAACCCUUUUUGUUUUUGUUAUCUUUGGCUAGUGAUCCUACAAAUAUGAUUGACGACUUUGCAAAAAAAUUCAAAAAGUAUCCAACAGAUAAAAUUUCUAUGGGGGAAGGACAAGAAAUUAUUGCAAAAGAGAAAUUAAAAAAUGCACUAAUAAGUGGAAAUUGGCUAAUUUUGCAAAAUUGCCAUUUGAAUAAAACAUUUAUUAUUGAGGUUUAUAAUAUGCUAAAAAAGUUAAACGAAAUUGAAGAAGAUUUUCGUUUAUUUUUAACAUCAGAACCGGAUGAUGAAUUUCCUAUUUGCAUUUUACAUGGAAGUAUUAAAAUAUCUACCUCUUUAAGUAGUGGAAUAAAAAAUAAUAUGAGAAAAAUAUAUAAAGAUAUAAUAAAAGAAGAUAUACUAGAAAAAAUAGAUGAUGACAAGUAUAGAAAAAUUAUUUAUUCUUUAUCUUAUCUUCACUGUGUUUUAUGUGAGAGAAAAAAAUUUGGUCCUUUAGGUUGGUGUGUUCCUUACGAAUUUAGUAUCACUGACUUGUUUGCUUCCUUUUUAUUUAUUGAAAAACAUUUAUAUUCUACUUUGUUAGUAAAUAGGCCCAUUGACUGGGAAUCAAUUCACUACAUGUUGGCAGAAGUUCAAUAUGGAGGAAAAGUAACUGAUGAUUUAGAUCGUGAAUUAUUAUUAACUUAUGUACAACAUUAUUUUAAUGAGGAUUUGUUUAAAAUGAAAAGUGAAACCGCUGGUGAAUACUUUAAUAAUAUGCCCAAAUUUUAUGAAAUUACUAAUUUUAAAAAUUUUAUUGAGAAAUUGCCGAAUAUUGAUACCCCUUCUGUUUUGGACUUACAUAACAAUGCUGAGAUAACUUAUCGUGUUAAUGAAUCAAGACAAGUUUUAAAUUCAAUUUUGGAAAUUCAACCAAGGGAUGUAGAUCAAGGAGAGGAAAAAAGUAUGGAAACAGUUGUGAAGGAAAUUGCGCUAGGAAUAUUAUUAUUAUUACCAGCAGAAAUAAACUUAGAAGAAGUAAAAAAAAUAAUAUAUAGAAAAAAUAAGAAUCAACAACUUCCAAUUCAAACGAAUCAACAAUUAAAUGUAACAUCUAACUUGAAUGCUACUACGAAGAUUUUUGGUAACUUAGAUAAUAGUUUUUACAAAAGCAAAAAUAAAGACAAUUCGGAUAGCAAUACCAAUGAAAAUAUGUUACAAAGGAGUAUAUUAAUAAAUAACCCGUUGAGUUAUACGACUACUAACACUGGUAAGAACAUAUCAGGCAUGGAUAGCAGAAACAAGAAUAUUAUUUGUAUGGGCAAAGAAAAUGACGUUUUCGAAAAUCUGGAUAUAACUUAUUGGGAAAGUAAUAAUGAGGGGGAGAAAAGUGUUCAAUAUAAUUUUUCCCCUUUACAAGCAUUUUUUUUGCAAGAAAUGGAACGAAUUAAAAAGGUUAUAGAUCUAGUAAAGAUGAAUUUAAAUGACAUAAUUAGUGCAAUCGAUGGUUCAAAAAUUAUGACAGCUGAUUUACAAAAUGAUACUAAAUAUAUAUAUUCUCAGUCAGUACCAAAAAAAUGGAUAUAUGAUGCUAGUGAAACAGAAAUAUCUUGGGUAUGUAACAAUUUAAAUCAGUGGUUAAAUAUUCUUAAUUUAAGAUAUGAACAAAUUAUAAAUUAUAUUAAUAAUGGGAAAUUGAAAUCUUACUGGUUGCCUGGAUUUUUUAAUCCUCAGGGAUUUUUAACCAGUAUGAAACAGGAAAUUACAAGAUUAAAUAAAAAGGAUCAGCUCUCCUUGGAUGAAGUAGUUUUAUAUGCUGAUAUAAAAAAUCAUGAUGUAGAAAAAAUAAAAGAAUUUCCUGAACACGGGUUUUAUAUCCACGGUUUAUUUAUUGAAGGGUCCAAGUGGAACUGGCAAGAAGGGAAGUUGGAAGAAAGUUCACCAAAAAUGUUAUGUGAAAGUAUGCCUAUUAUUCACAUUACUGUUGUGUCAAACAAAGAUAAAAAGGUUAAAUUUAUUGCAAAUAACAAACACAUAUUUUAUAAUUGCCCCGUGUACAAAUAUAACGUUAGAACGGAUAAAUAUUUUAUUUUCAGAAUUCAACUAAAAACCGAUAUUGAUCCUUCUAUAUGGAAAUUACGAGGAACGUCUUUACUGUGUUCCAAGGAUUAA